CCGAUCUCGGCAUCCGUGGACGUAGAGUAACAGCAGCCGUAGUAAUUUGACAUGCAUUGAGACCACAUUCUGUGCCACCGUGACAGAAGAAGCUGCUGCUGCCGCGCGUCCGACGGAGAGGGAAUACUGCAACUGUACCGGACUCGUUUCAUCCAACCGUUUAUAACGACAGCAGCCCCGGGCAAUGACAUUAACCUAUUGAAAGAGGAAUACUAGCAGGAAAAAGGCAAAGAUGACGGUGGACUUUGAAGAAUGUAUUAAAGACUCUCCGCGAUUCAGGGCUGGCAUCAAUGAGGUGGAGACGGAUGUGGUGGAGAUCGAAGCUAAACUAGAUAAGCUGGUGAAGUUAUGUAGCGGUAUGAUCGAGGCGGGCAGGGCGUACGUAAGUGCCAACAAACUGUUUGUCAACGGCAUCAAAGACUUGUCUCAGCAGUGCAAGAAGGAAGAAAUUAUCUCUGAGUGUCUGGAGAAGUGUGGGGAGAGCCUGCAGGAGAUCGUCAACUACAACAUGAUCCUAUUUGACCAGGCCCAGAGGUCAAUCAAACAGCAACUGCACACCUUCAUCAAAGAGGACGUGCGUAAGUUCAAGGAGACAAAGAAGCAGUUUGACCGUGUGAGGGAGGACAUGGAGAUAGCCCAGGUGAAGAACGCCCAGGCCCCCAGGAACAAACCUCACGAGGUGGAGGAGGCCACUUCCUCUCUUACCCUGACCAGGAAGUGCUUCAGGCACCUGGCCCUGGACUACGUACUGCAGAUCAAUGUUCUUCAGGCUAAGAAGAAGUUUGAAAUCCUUGAUGCAAUGCUGUCGUUCAUGCGAGCCCAGUACACCUUGUUUCAACAGGGCUAUAAAAUAUUGGAUGAGAUUGAUCCCUACAUGAAGAAACUAGCUGCAGAGCUGGAUCAGCUGGUCAUUGACUCAGCCAUGGAGAAGAGAGACCUGGAACACAAACAUGCUACCAUACAGCAGAGGACUCUGAUGGAGGACUUCUCCUAUGAUGAUAAUAAGGUGGAGUUCAACGUGGACGCUCCUAACGGAGUGGUGAUGGAAGGUUACCUGUUCAAGAGGGCCUCCAAUGCCUUCAAGACCUGGAACAGACGGUGGUUCUCCAUACAGAACAGCCAGCUGGUCUACCAGAAGCGACUUAAGGAUGCCCUGACGGUGGUGGUGGAGGACCUGAGGCUGUGUUCAGUCAAACCUUGCGAGGACGGAGAGAGGAGGUUCUGCUUUGAGGUGGUGUCCCCCACUAAGAGCUGUAUGCUCCAGGCAGAGUCAGAGAAGUUACGGCAGGCCUGGAUCCAAGCUGUACAGGCCUCCAUCGCCUCUGCAUACAGAGAGAUAUCAGACAACUACUACAUCGAGCGUCUGGACCGGACAGCCUCCCCCUCUACCAGCAGUAUAGACUCAGCCAGCGAGCCCCGCGGGGAGAAAUGGGGGAGAGGGGGUGAGGGCAGGGGGGAGAGCAUCCUCCACCGGGUGCAGACCCUCCCGGGUAAUGAGCUGUGUUGUGACUGUUCCCAGGCUGCACCAUGCUGGGCCUCCAUCAACCUGGGAGUCCUGCUCUGCAUCGAGUGCUCUGGCAUACACAGGAGUCUAGGGGUUCAUUGCUCCAAGGUUCGUUCACUAACACUGGACUCCUGGGAACCAGAGCUACUCAAGUUGAUGUGUGAGCUGGGUAACAAUGUGAUUAACCACAUCUAUGAGGGAGCCUGUGAGGAACUGGGAGUGAAGAAACCUGGACCUUCCAGUCCUAGACAAGAGAAGGAGGCGUGGAUCAAGGCUAAAUAUGUGGAGAGGCGUUUCCUGAAGAAGAUGAGUGUCAGUGACUCAUUGGUGGAAGGCGAGAGGAAGUCCCGCCCCUGGAGCGUGAAGAAGUGUCAUCGCCACAACAGCUCCAUGCGAGGAGCGCCCAAAACCCGCCGGAAAUACCGACACGACCCCGGUUUGAUUUCACCAGGAAACCUCUCCGCAGCUGCAGCAGCAGCGAAGCUCCGUCGUGACUCUCUGUUUUGUCCUGAUGAGAUGGACAAUCUCUUCUCCUACUUCGACACUGGCAAUGGAACCCGCAGCCCUGCAGGUCUGAGCAGCGACAGUGGGCUGGGAGGCAGUACAGACGGGAGCACAGACAUCCUGGUGUUUGGCUCAGUGGUCGACAGUGUCACCGAGGAGGUAGAGUGUGAGGGUGAGUCAGAAGAGGAGGAGUCUAGCGGGGAGGUGGAGAUAGAGCAGGAGGCGGGAUCAGACCCUGAGGAGCCCCUCCCCCCGGGGGCGUUGCUCAACCGGUCGUCACGGCUACACAACCUGCCACUCAUGGCCGAGGCGCUGGCGCACGGGGCAGACGUCCACUCUGCCAGCGAUGAGGAGGGAAAGACCCCGCUCAUACAGGCCGUGACAGGGGGCUCUCUGACAGCGUGUGAGUUCCUGCUGCAGAAUGGGGCUGAUGUGAACCAGAGGGACAUGGGGGGGAGAGGACCCCUCCACCACGCUACCUACCUGGGACAUACAGGUCAGGUGUGUCUGUUCCUGAAGAGAGGAGCUUGUCAGACAGAGGUGGAUGAGGAAGGUCACGACCCUCUGAGCAUGGCUGUCCAGGCCGCUAACGCCGAUAUUGUUACACUGUUGCGGUUAGCACGGAUGAACGAGGAGAUGCGCGAGGCGGAGGGUCCGUUUGGUCAGCCAGGUCAAUACCCCAGCAGCUCCCCAACUGAACAUCAGUACAGGAAAUGUAUUCAGGAGUUUAUCUGCCUCACCAUAGACUACUGUUAGGGGGCGCCACUGAGGCAGGAUGCAUCCCAAAUUGCACCCUAUUCUCUAAGUAAUGCACUACAUUUGACCAGAGGCCUAUUGGUACCCUAUUCCCUAUGUAGUGCACUACUUUUGACCUGGGCCCACUACAAAAGUAGUGCACUACAUAGGGAAUAGGGUGCAAUUUCAAAUACCGAUUAGCCACUACUAACUGGGCAUAUAGAGGCAUAUCAUACAGGGCAGAGUAGUAGGAUGAAGUUGCCCUUAGAUAAACUGGUCUAGAGUCAGUUUUGCAUUGUUACCGUAAUUGGUUAGGGUUAUGAUUUGUGGAGGGUAAAGCUGAUUCUAGAUCUGUGUCUAAGAGCAACAAGGCCCUGCUGACUGUAGCGCAGAACAAUGUUGUUUUAUCUUUCCAACAAUAUGCUUCUCUUCUUCUUCUACAUCCAGAUCUUUUAACCACAUCGCUAGCUGCUUUCCACACCGUUCAUAUUAUAAGCUGAGUGAAACACAGUGUAUCUGGCUGUUCCUAAUAGUCUUGUCUGUGGUUCUCACUGUCAGGCCGUUUACUCGCUACACUGCUCAACACUUCCUGCCUCUCCUGUACACUCUUAGAGAAAAACAAAGUGCUAUCCAGAACCAUUAAUGGCUCUUCGGCUGUCCCCAUCAGGAGAUCCCUUUGAAGAACCCGUGUGUGGGUUCCGUUAUAGAACCCUUUCCACAGAGGAUUCUACAUGGAACACAAAAUAUUUAUAUCUGGAACCAAAAAAGGUUCCCCUGUGGACAUAGCUAAAGAACCCUUCUUUUCUUAGUGUAGGCUUUCCCGUCCAUGUCCUCCCUCUUCCUCCCUCUUCCUCCCUCUUCCUCCCUCUUCCUCCCUCUCUUACCAGUAAGGACCUAAGCUUCCACAGUCUUUACAAUACUAUUCUACAGUGUCCUUCCUAUUCAGCAUUUUACAGUAGUUUAUAUUCAAGAGUUUGAUAGUACCAUAAGAAUUUAUCAGCGGCCCAUUGUGUUAUAAUGAAUUAGAAUCUGUCGAUUUAGAAAUGAUGGCAUGAUUACAGUAUGUCUACAACUCCGUGUUCCUUAAAGGGUUCAAGCUGGCCUGAAAAGGAAGCCUUUUGUCCUUAUGUCUUCUGUGGGAGAUCGAGGUUAGAUGUAAUUCAGUGGCUAGAUGUGCAGGGGUUCCAACUGUUGUUCUACGGUGGCAUGAGGUUACAGUGAUAUGGAAUGGGUGUCGUUGUGGCUGCUAUAGGCAUGGUCAAGGAAGGUCCACUGCGUCAGUCUGGGAAGGUGGGGUCGUCAUGUUUUCACUGUGUGUGUGAUGGGAAGGGACGGAUGCAGGGGUGAAGUGGUUCAGAUGUGAUGAGAAUACCGAAGGACUGAUGGAUGGAGAAAGAGACAAACGCCUGCUUUGUUGUUACUUGUGAGUGAGGAUUAAAUGCUAUAUUAUAAUUAUUAUUACGAUGAUAUCUUAAUGUAAAAAAAAACUACUUUCCCGUUCCUAACAGUGAUGUGCUUUAUUUAUCGUUGCUGUCGUGUUUACGUCAUGCUCUCUCAUUUUGCUCGUUGAGUUUCUGUCUUUUUGUUUUGUAUUGGUUUAUUUAUGUUAAAAUAGGGGCUUAAAAAAAUCCGGAAUCUUCCAUAUAUGAUUCCUGGAAAACCGAGGAAUUUGGGGGAAGUUAUUGGAAUGUUGUAAUCCUACGUUGAACCCCGGAGGACUUGUGCAAUGAUGAUUAUUGUUACAGAUUUGAUGUAUUUCUGUAAAUUAUUUUCCUUAAUUUUUUUUAAAUCUUUCAAACUUUUCAAUAUCCUCACUUUUUUUUCCUGACUGGAUAAGUUUUGGUCUGGUCUUGUGUCAUUGUGCCACACACACAUUCUGGCUUCACUUCUAAACAAGGGAUUCAUCAACCCUGUCCCUCCAACACUCACACUGAUCUAUACCUAGAAUUACUGUACUAGACUUGUUGAAAAAAAUGUCAUUUUAUUUGUAGACAUUCUAGUGAUUACGUGUUUUCUAUAUCUAUAUUUCAAACCUUUUUUGAUUGCAGUCCUUCAGUGUUUACUGAUAAAGACAUCUUCUUCACGACCACAUCAGUGGUGUUUUUGGUUGACUUAUGGGGACAGAGGGAAUCAGGGGCCAUUGGUAACUGUCCCUGUAGUAGGUAAGGGAGAGGAAGAGCUAGACCCAUUUAAUUAUCAUCAAAAACCCAUUGUAAUUCUACGGUUACAACUGACUGUCUUCUCCGGCCAUCAUUGCUCAAUGCUCAUUAUAUUCUGCAUGCUUUUCGGUUGUGACCGGGAACAUUCUAGAACGUAUGUACGCGUUCUAGAAUAUACUCUUGGGCGUUUUUAGAAUGCUGCGUAGUACGUGGGGGCGUUCUAGAAUGCUGUCUGCCUUCGGAGCAUGAUAGUUUCCUAUUUGUCCCCUCAUGGUGCUGUGCAGUCCUGUUAAAAAGCAUGAGCUACAGUACAGUACAGCCACUUCCUGUGAUGUCCUUAAAACAACUUCCUCCUGUCUCUUUGGUAGACCUAUGGACCCCUGUGCCAUCUCUACGUCCACUUAUGGACCAGCUAUAGCUUCACUGUUUUGUCAAUGUGAUUUAUUUUUCCUUUUUUAAUGAAACACAGAGCUGAACUGUUUUUCGUUAGCUAGCCGACCUCUGUUUGUUCCUCAACUACGUUGGCAUGAAGUCCUAAAGUAGUUAGAUUUUUUCUUUUUUUUUUUGGUUCUCUGCCAAAGACUUUGGAAAAGGGAAGUGUGCAACAGUGUUGUUAGGCAUCAAUCAGUUUAACUUCAGCGAGAAUACAUACACACACACAGCGUUUAACGUCUGAUAACACGUGGCACAGUGAAACAUAAAGUGGUAGAAACAGUGUUCGCCAGUGUUUUUUUUACAAAAUGUUCUAGAGGAGAGGAGUCACAGAACAAUUAUUAUUUUCAUCAGUUGUUUUUUAUUUUCAGAGUGUGGAAGCAGGUGAUAUUCUGCAAGUGUUUUGAAUUCAAAGUAAAGUAAAACAACGGGAGUGAUAAAGUCAAUAUAUUUGACCAGGGACUGUGACUAAAUAGGGUGGUGACGUAGCCCAGCUGAAGUGGUGGGUGUUGUUUCUUAACUGUUUUAACAUUGGGGUUAAAGGAUGCUUCUAAACAAACAGACAAACAUGCUGUAAAUAAAAACGCUUUUUAACAUGUUUAACUCUUGACUCAAACUGCCUGCUCUGACUUACCGCAUUCCACCACGGAACCCUGCCUGUUCCGUGCCACCUGUUCUGAUUCUGUUCUCUUCUUCCAAACGUCUAUCUGUGCACUCUUUUUGGAAUAUUGUGACAUAGCUAUCUCUCUGUCCUACUUGGGGAAACAAACAUUCUUGUAUUAAUAUCUCUACAUUUGGAUAUCUUUGGAAUAACUUUAUUUUUGUUCCUUGGUUUUAGAAACACUGAGAUGGUGAUUUAAAAAAAAAAAUGGAUAAAGAGAAUAAAACCAAGAAACUCUUGUGAUGAACUCCUCACCUUG